AUGCUCAGCGAGCAGAAAUUCCGAGAAGAAUUGCAAAAAUUCGUAGAACAAAUGUCACAAAACAAGUGGAAUUGGCAGUUGAAAGAGGUGAAAAUCAGAAUUAUGAUUUUUUCAGCAAAAUUCAAAUUUCAGAAUGGAAAAUACGCUCGUGAGACGCAUCUGGAGACGUUGUCUUCUGGAAAAAUAGUCUCAGCAGACAUUCAUAUUCUCUACAACUCCACUUAUCAAGUUCCCACUCUUUGGUUCAACUUUUUCGAAAACAGUGAGAGAUUUUCUUCAAAAGUGGGCGAAGCUUCAAAAAUCGAUAUUUUCGUUGCAGAUGGCGCACCGAUUCCAUUCGAAGAAGUUGUCAGGGAUAUUCUGAAAAUUCCAGAAUCUGAGGAAUCGGAUUCGUCGCUUCGCCAGCGAAUUUCCCACUAUGAGCAUCCGAUUCUGGGAGUACUGUACUAUAAUAUUCACCCUUGUAAUACGGAAAAAAUUAUGAAGGAGCUGAAAACAGAUUCGUAUUUGAUUUCAUGGCUCAGCGUAUAUGGACAGCAACUGGGUCUUCGACUGCCGGAUUCUUUGAAAGUGCACUAA